AUGGAUGAAUUCGUUUCUGCAUCAGAAGUUCCUUCUACUACGGAAAUAAUUCGCGCUUGUCGUCUAAACCGUACUUGUCGUCUAAACCGUAAAGUUAUUAAAGCAGACAACUUUGUUGAGUGGAUUCCAACACAAACUAUCGUUAUUACGUUCUCCGAAAUAAUUAGACAACACAUAUUCCUAGUGGGUAAACAUUUGGGGAAAGAAACGAGCAUAUAG